AUAGCAACUUAAUUAAUUAAUGUGUGUUAAAGAGUUAGUUAACUACCUAACUCAAACCCGUGGCGGUAAUCGCAAUUAAACACACUCCGAAUGGAUUUUCACUAAAUAACUAAACAGAGAGUUAGCAAUUUCACACACACAACCUUUACCCUGGUUAGUACAUAACCGCGGCGGUUCAGACCUUCUCUCACACGCUUCAAGACUCGUUAGUACAUCACUGCGGCGGUUCAGAACUCUUGAUUUCGUUACAGCUGUUACAAUGCCAGGCCCUGGUCCUCACUUCAUGUACGCGAUGGCCUCGGGCUUGUGUCUAACCACCACCUCUGACGGCAGAUUUAGCCCACACCACACACUCAUAUUCACCAUGAACGCUUUCUUUGGACCUGACAUUGGUUCCUUCACCGAGUGGCUAGCCUCUCUUGUUGCCGGUCCAGCUGUAGUCUCCACCGUAGCCGGUUACAUCCACCAUCCCAUCCUCUACAUCCUUAUCUUUGGAUAUGCUUUCAGUUCGCUUUACUCUAAGAUUUCAUCAUUUCUUCUUACUUCACGCCUUCUUCAUUCUUCUAACUCCAGGGUUCCCCUUACAAAGAUGCAGUGUUUUUUAUUGAUAUCCGCUGGAUCUUUUACUCAUUUCUUUCUAGAUCAUCUCUUUGAGGAGAAUGGGAAUACAACCAUGUACAGAUGGAUUUUGAGCACUGGCUGGUGGAAUGGUAGGGCACCAGUUAACCCGGAUGCUGUUGUUGUAGUGGGCUUCUUAUGUGUUUGCUUAAUUGGUGGAUUCAUUUAUCUCAACAGAGCAAGUUCCUCAAAACCAUACCAGUCAAUGAUACUUGUGAUAUUCAUAGCUUCUUUAUACUGCUUAUGGUGUAUAACUCAGAUUCACUGGUUCACUCCGCGCCGUCCAGCGGUUGGAGAAGAAGCUGAUCUUGGUGUUCUUGUGUUCUUAGCCAUGUAUUUCUUUCUACCUUAUGGUUUGUGUAUAAUGUCCAUGUACCCAGAAGAUCCUCAUUCUAAUUGAGUUCCACUUUAACAUACACAGAUACUUAUGUUUUUGCCAAUGCAAACUAGUUACAGACAUUGGGCUGUUUUGCUGUCCGCGGUUGGUUUUUAGGCUCGUUGCGGUUUUGUUGGUUUUGUCAGUUGGGUUUGUUUCUUAGUGGAGCUUGACUCUUUGUUGUAUUGAUGGGUUGAAGUACCCCCUCCUUGUGCUUCUCUUUUAAUACACU